AUGUGGCCGGUAAAUGGUAAUAGUGGUUUAACAACUAUACAAUGUGUUCGAGAAAGAAGUGACUGGCCGACGUCAUGUGAAAGUGUUGUUUACAACGUGACAUGUGCAGCGUUCUGCGCACUCGCCUACCACUGGCUCUUGCGGUUUGUUGUAUCAUGUUGCCCGUUAAGUUUCACGUACGGCGAAGCCACUGUCACCGCGCAGGCCACGCUUCUAUUCGUCGUCGGUUCCGGCACCAACAUGUUAGCGCCAUACCCGCAGAAAACAUGUUUCGACGUGUUUACGCUGAUACUACAGUUCGGAAUCAUCGGCAUUUCCGCGUUCACCCUGAUCGUGUAUAACGUGGAAACGCUGCGCGUGUCGCCUAGAUGGUUUUACGCGACGUUUGUUAUAAUUGUGUCCACCACGAUAGUGUUGCCACUGCACAUCAUCUUAAACGGUAGUCCCAUAUUGAAAAUCGUGCAUUGGAUUACGAGGGACCGGCACACGACGAUAUUGUUAUUGUACUGGGCUGGUUGUACGGCGUUCGCCGUUGUUUUCGUGUUCAUUCAAAUAAUGAGCGACGCUAAGGCGUCAACGUCGAUUAGGAAGAACUUCCAUCUGGUCGCUUGCCUUGUGUACGCUCCGGGUCUUGUUCGUGAUCCUUGCCUGUUGUACUUGGCCAGUGGCGUGGUGUUUGCCGGUUUUUUGUUUAUAGAGACUUUACGUAUAACCAACAUGCCGCCACUGGGUAUGGUCCUACAGGAAGGUUUCCGUGUAUACUCGGACGAGAAGGACGAAGGACCUGUGGCGUUCACUCCGAUCUACUUGCUCGUUGGAUGCUCUCUGCCCCUUUGGAUUCACCCGCAACCUGACUCCAGAAGUCUCUUGCCGCUGUUGUCUGGCGUUUUGUCUAUAGGAAUUGGAGACACGGCUGCUAGUUUAAUAGGCUCCCGGAUAGGACGUCAUAAGUGGAAAGGUACGAAAAAAAGCAUCGAAGGUUCCGUGGCUUGUUUCGUUUCUCAAGCUCUGUGCAUCAUCGCGCUCGAGUAUUCAGGUUUAAUAUGUGAUAUUAAUCUGAUUAAAUCGCUGUUCGGAAUUGGUUUUGUAACUCUCGUCGAAGCAAAAACUGAACAAGUUGAUAAUUUAGCAUUGCCUAUUUUGUUAUACACACUUCUAUUGCAUUGUUAA